AGUUCCCCUUACAGGAGGCUUUAAGUGCUUGAUCAUUACUUUUCGAAUAAAAUACAUUUUCUCUUGAUAAAAAGGUCAGGAUCGCUAAAGUAAUGUUCAGCUACUCGACAGCGGAACUGUUGCGUUGGGUUUCCAGUGGGACUGUUUUAGUUGACGCACCAGCGCACCUUGAACUCCUCGUACAGAAACAGAAGUUUGGACUUUUCUCCUCUCUUUUCUGUCCUCUGUCCCCGUUGUAUGAACCAUGUCUGGGUUUCCUCGGUUCCUCCGUUUGUCCCGCUCGGCCUCGGAGCGGCUGUGGCGCAGAGGAAGCGCAGAAAAGUGCGUCAGUUUGUGUUUCAGAGCCAACUUUCCGCGCCUGGGUUUGGCCCACCAGAACAGCAGAGGCGGUUCCAGGUAUUACAGUAGCUGUAAAACGGUCCGGAUCGGCUGCGCCUCCGGGUUCUGGGGGGACACGACCACAUCAGCCCCUCAGCUGAUCUACGGCGGGAAGCUGGACUUCCUGGUGUUUGACUACCUCAGUGAGAUCACCAUGUCUCUGCUUACCGCCGCCAGGACGAAGAUGCCCAACCUGGGUUAUGCUCCAGACUUUGUCCAGGUGGCUCUGGCUCCGUACAUCAAUGACAUCCACAGGAAAGGUAUCCGUGUCGUCAGCAAUGCAGGAGGAGUGAACCCGCUGGCCUGUGCCGAGGCCAUACAGGAAGUCAUCAAAAAGGCGGGGCUGGAAUUAAAGGUUGCUGUGGUGACCGGUGAUGACCUAAUGCCCAUUAGGAGCAUCCUGUCUGAAGUAAAGAUGGCCGACGGCGGCAGCAGACAACCGCUGCCUAAAACUCUGCACAGCAUGAAUGCCUACCUCGGGGCUGAGCCAAUCCGCCACUGUCUGGACCUGGGAGCCGACAUCGUGGUGACGGGACGCUGCGUGGACAGCGCCGUGGCUCUCGGGCCGCUCAUGCACAAGUUUGGUUGGAAGAGAGACGAUUAUGACUUGCUUGCGGCGGGAAGCCUUGCAGGUCAUCUCAUAGAGUGUGGAGCUCAGAGUACUGGAGGGAUCUUCACCGACUGGCACCAAGUUCCUGACUGGGAUAACAUGGGCUUCCCGGUGGUCGAAUGUUCCGCAGACGGCUCCUUCGUCCUUUCCAAGCCUCCAAACACCGGCGGCCUGGUCUCCUUUGGAACCGUCGCCGAGCAGCUGGUGUACGAGAUCGGCGACCCGCGGAGAUACCUGCUGCCUGACGUCAUCUGUGAUUUUAGCCAGGUGGCGAUCCAGGAACUACCCGCUGAUUCGGAUGGUCCAACUACCUCCUCUGCAUGUCAUAAAGUUCUGCAGAGGCCUUCUAACGAACCAUCAUUUGAUUCAGGUGUAGAAGGAGGUGCUGUCCGAGUCACCGGGGCCAGAGGGUCCAGUCCCUCUCAUCACUAUAAGGUUUGUGCCACCUACAUGGAUGGUUUCAGAGCGACGGCGGUGUGUCCCGUCGGAGGGCCCAGAGCCGCUGAGAAGGCCCGGCGGACCGCAGACAGCAUCAUCAAACGGACAAGGAGAAUGUUUAAGCAGUUAGGACUCGAGGAUUUUAACUCGGUCAACAUCCAGGUUCUAGGAGCUGAAGACACUUAUGGCCCAAACGCUCGCAGAAAGGACUCCAGAGAGGCUGUGAUCUGGAUGGCUGUCCACCACAAACAGAAGAAAGCUCUGGAGAUCUUUUCCAGAGAAGUCGCUCCUGCAGGCACCGGCAUGGCUCCUGGACUCACCGGCAUUGUGGGCGGGCGACCCAGAGUGUCUCCAGUCUUGAAGCCGUUUUUCUUCUUACAUCCCAAAUCCCAGAUAAAAGUGGACAUUCAUGUUGCCGGACAGCUGGUCCAGUCGCUCACAGAACCGGACACACCUGAACAGAAGCGGGAAGAAGCUCCUCCCACCUGUGAUCAGGAUGUGCCCGACGCAGACCUGCCCAGCGGACCACACACCUACAGACUGGAGGACCUGGCAUACGCACGGAGCGGCGACAAAGGAGACUCUGCAAACAUUGGAGUGAUCGCUCGUCAUCCUCUCUACUUUCCUUACCUGAAGAAACACCUGACUUCUUCUGUGGUGGAGGACUACUUCUCUCACCUGAUCCAGCCUGGAGAGCUCAACGCCGUCACACGAUACACUCUGCCAGGGAUCCACGGCCUCAACUUUGUCCUGAGGAGUUCCUUGGGAGGGGGAGGGGUGGCCUCACUACGCAGCGACCCCCAGGGUAAAGCCUACGGACAGAUGCUGCUGGACCUGAAGCUGACUGGACUGCCAGGUUUAAAAUCACUUGUGGACUGAAUGUCACGUAGACCCACUGAGAGACAAGCUAAGAAGACAUAAAGGUGGACAUGAAACAUUUUACCUCAACCGGAACACAAGUGAUCUUUUAUUCCUUCAGUUUACAUCCACUGACUAAAAUACGUAAGGCCUGGAAGUCACAAAAUUUAGAUUAGAACAUUUGGCACCAUUUCACAGGACUUCAUACACAGUGGAAACCAAAAUAAAACCCCACAAAACAGAAGCAAAGUUGGCAUUGGAGCCCCAUUGUUCAUCUUGGACAGGGUAGCUGAAUGACAAAUUAUUUUGGUAUUUCAAGCAAAGGUAAAUCUGAACUAUACUUGAACUAUAUAAAUGAACUCAAUCAAGGUCAGAUUUACAAAGUCUAAAAUGUAUAAAUCCCAGUUGCCCAUUGGAACUAGAGAGUGAACAAGAUCUUUAAAAGAAAGUAACUAAACACUGAUUGAAACCGAUGCAAACAUUCUGCAGCUGCCAAAAGAACUGGAGCAUCCAAAAUCAAACCUAACAUUUAUUUCAAUUAUUUUAUUACCACUUAACCGGGUUUCCUUCCUAACACACAGAACACUAAAUCUGAUCAAAAGUUUCCAUUGUUUUAGGGGGGGGAAAUAAUACUGUCAUCAGCAUAAGUGAUAAUUCACUCCAAACGCCAAUCAGCAGGGACGAUUCAAUUGCUUUGGGAAUUCAAAGCAUAUUCAAGAAGCCGAGUUAAAAACAAGCCUACUGAACUAGAAGGUACUCACAAAUCAAGUAUACUGUUGCAAACAAAAGGUAGGUGGGGAUAAAAUCAUGUAAAUUUACUCUAAUUUACAAAUGAAGUCCACAUUUUCAAAUGUACGUAAUAAUUAAGUCUGCAGUGGCAAUUUCAAAGUUUUGUUCUGUCCAAACAGAUAAAGUUGAUCUGUAGAAUAUUUGAGAUUCAACAUCUUAGCCAUAACAUACUUUAUUUUUCUGUGCAAAAGAAUUCAAUAGCAUAAUUUAUUGUUUCUGCUUUUACUCGUCUUGCUAAUUAGGAUUGCUAACUGGGAUGAUUCAACAUUUUGCCAACCUGUACACAUUUUUACAUUAGUUGGCAUCAUAUAACCUUUGUAUCCCAGCUGCAAAAUGCAGGAACCAUAAAAAAGCAAGAGAUCAUUGGACAGUAAGUGUUGCUGUAGGGCUCCAACCUUGUCUGGCUUUGGUGUCAGAGGUGUAACACCACCGACCCUUCCUUCCAACAUCAGUUUAAACAAAUCUCUUUAAAGUUAAUCCUGACUAAUGGCAGUUUUAAAACAGAUUUUGAAUAAUCUGAAGCAUGGACAUGUAAGAAGUGGCUAAGAAAUGAAUAUUGAUUUGGAUUCAAAAGGAUCCCUGUCGUCAAAGUUUACCCCACACCCCCAUUUAUACAUCAGAGCAAGCAAUAGACAGAAUUACUGUUACUUACUGAGGUCUGUUUUAAAGAAGCUUUUGCUGCUACAUUUGUUGUGUGUUCGGAUCAUUUUCUUAGCUGCUGCUUCAACUUCCAAGAAUGAACAUUGAGUCUGAAGAAAAAUGAUCUUGUUCUUUACAUUCGUAGUUCCUUCUGUUUACAAGCUGGAGACUGAUUGGCUCCUGUUGCCAAAGAACUAAGCAAAGCAGCAAAAGCUUUUUUUUUUUUUACCCCUAAGGCUUGGAUCUAGCUACCUUUUUGUAGGGGCAACUGGGCCUGGUGCCCUACUUAUUUUGUCUCAGGGGAGCUGACCUCUGACCUGAGGCCUGGAGAGUUUUGGUUUGCGUUUCCCAACAAGAUGCUCCAGUCAGAUACCAGAGGUGGUGUUCACUCAGUGGCCUCACAUCCGACAGGCACAAUGGUGUCUCGUUCACCUCGACACGACCCGGCUCUGAUGUUCAACGCCCCGAAGGAAUGUGUGUCUCUUUCUACCAAACAGACGCUGCUGCUUUGAGUCUGUGUAGUCGUAAUUGCAACCAGACUGAAGCUGGGAGUUGAAGUCACUCUGCAGUUUAAACACCCUCCACCUCUGAGUCAUCUCUCUCCUUCCCAAAACUUACUGAGCCGCUGCUGACUCCAACUUUCCUCCAUUUCAGAGGAACCUCUUCAGCUACUGUUCUGUUUACCUUUGACCAAAAGUCUCCAAGAACCAGAAAAUGUUAAACACAAUUUUUUUCUUUUUGUUUUAGAAACAUUGGUGAUUUACACAGAAAAGAGGCCACAUUUAACAGUCUGCCCAGAACAAUAAAUAAACAGCGGCCCUGUAAAUAAACUAUCAAAGACAUUUGCUGACAGUAAAACAAUAAUAAAUAAUCAGUCAAAUGCGUUUAGACAAUAUUUCGAAACAGGCUGUAAAUUGUGACGCACAUGAGGAAAGUUCAGAUCUGUCUCCCUUUGUUUUAGAGUUAAAGGACAUGCAGAGCUGGGUGUCACCAUAAAAUCUUUAAAUGCUUGUUCUCAUAAAACCCAAGCUGAAAGCAUGAGCCACAAACCUCACCACGCUAUAUACGAAAGAGCUUAAGGACUUAAAUGAGGAGGAUUCACAUCUGUCUCAUGUUUUCCAACAAGGCAUUUCAAAAGAAUUGGUGAUUGGUUAUUUGCACUCAUUGCUUUGUCAUAAACUUUCCCAAGAGCCACUAUCUGGGUCAUAACUUUGUGAUCUCAAACAUCACAGUCAAUCAUCAGUGACCCGCUUUGCAACCGCCCACUUGUGUGUCAUCCCAUUCUUUCACACGGAUCUGGGACACCUCAAGGGACUUUCUUCAACAUUGUCCCACUUUUCUUACUAAAAGAAUCAUUUAUGAUUAGGACUCAGCAGUAAAAAAGUCACUGUAGUCAUGAAAAACUAUAAUUAAAUCAAGUCAGGCCUUGAUUUUAACUUGAUACCAGACAGGCAAAGAAAUUAAACACAAAGCAGCACUUUUAUUAAGAGAGGACAUUUAUGUCAAUACUGUGAGAGAAAAACAAGGUCCAAGAAAUGAGCCCUGUGGAACACCAUAACAUCUCUUUUUGACAUUUACCAAAUUUAAGAGCUGCAGACUAACGUAGAACAUGAGUAAAAAUGAAAUAGUCCACAGUCUGUAAAAUUUAAAAGAAAACUGUAAAGUUUUCUUUAUUUUUUUCAUGAUCAGGAUUAUUUUCAACAGUUUAUCAAUUUAAACUUUGAAUGUACAAAACACACUUUCAUCUGAGCUAAUGUUCUGUAUUGGUUAAUCAAUGGACAAAUAAGAACAUUUUACUCCAAGAACAUUUUAUUUCUAAAAUUAAAGGAAGAGCAGUACAGUUUACACACUCAUCUCUAAAUAUUUUAAAUACUCCAAAAUCUGUUCUGUGAUGUUUGUGCCAAAUUUCAGAAUAAUCCAUGCAGUUACCAACAUAUCACUGGAAAUUAUCCUUCCACUGAUGUUCACCGUUUGACUAUUGUUAUUAAACAGUGCUAUUAAUGGAAUAUAAUGUUAAAAAACAUCAUUUCGUGUUGCAUAAUUUAUCCCGAAAAAUGUCUUUAUAAAUUUCAACUUUUAGCACUGUUGGCUAUGCAAAUACAGAUCAUAAUUUAUUGUACUGUUGAAAAAUCCACUAAUGUUGUAACUUGUAAGGUUUGUGAUGCAGUGUGUUGUGACGGUCCAAGUACUCUGCCCUGUGGAACACCAGAGAUAUUUUUCUUAUUUUUAUCGAGGUCUAUUUCAACCAGAAAACACAUUUUGUUCACAUGUUUAUUGAAAUGACUACCAACGCUCACUUCAGCCACAAGGCCUUAUGGUGGAACCACCAGCGCAUUUUUAUUGGUACACAAGUUCUGGUUAGGACAGUUUUAUUUAAUAUUUGUGUAUCUGAUUGUAUUUUUCAAAUCAUAGUUUAGCUUCUUGCAGUUAAACAUAAUGUGAUGAUUAAAAUGUGAAUUCUAAGCAGCUUUUGAAGAAAAAUCGGAUGUAAACUCUGGCCUUUUUUUCCCAUUUAAUCAGUUUAGAAAUAAAACUCAGUUUCACAGCUUUUGACACUUUAAAUGCCUUUAAAAUGUAAUGUACAAAACUGAUUUUGUAGAUACUAAAACUAUUAAAUUAAAGAGGUUUUUAUUACCAAG